GCCCAUGUGCGCCUGGAGCAGCGGCGUCUCCAGGGUCAGGCAGCAGGUCACCAUGAGCCUCAGCGAGGAGCAGGCGCGGAGCUUCCUCGAUGAGAACCCCGACUUUGCCCACCAGUACUUUGAGAAGAAGCUGAGCCCCGAAAAUGUGGCAGCGGCCUGCGAGGACGGGUGCCCGCUGGACUGUGAAAGCCUCCGGGAGGUGUGCCAGGUGGAGGAGAGUGCGGCCCUCCUCGACCUGGUGCAGGACAUGCAGGAGAACGUCAACAUGGAGCGUGUGGUCUUCAAGAUCCUGCGGCGCCUCUGCACCCUCCUGCAUGCCGACCGCUGCAGCCUCUUCAUGUACCGCCAGCGCAACGGCGUGGCCGAGCUGGCGACACGACUCUUCAGUGUGCAGCCUGACAGCAUCCUGGAGGACUGCCUGGUGCCCCCCGACUCUGAGAUCGUCUUUCCGCUGGACAUCGGAGUUGUGGGCCACGUGGCUCAUACCAAGAAGAUGGUGAACGUCAAGGACGUGUCUGAGUGUGAACACUUCAGCUCCUUCGCUGACGAGCUCACCGACUAUGUGACAAAGAACAUCUUGGCCAUGCCCAUUAUGAAUGGCAAAGACGUGGUGGCUGUGAUUAUGGCAGUGAACAAGCUUGACGGCCCGUGCUUCACCAGUGAAGAUGAAGACAUUUUCUUGAAGUACCUGAAUUUUGCCACAUUAGACCUGAAGAUCUACCACUUGAGCUACCUCCACAACUGUGAGACACGCCGAGGCCAGGUGCUGCUGUGGUCGGCCAAUAAAGUGUUUGAAGAGCUGACAGACAUCGAGAGGCAGUUCCACAAGGCCUUCUACACUGUGCGAGCCUACCUGAACUGUGACCGGUAUUCGGUGGGCCUCCUGGACAUGACCAAGGAGAAGGAAUUCUUUGAUAUAUGGCCGGUGCUGAUGGGAGAAGCCCAGCCGUACUCAGGCCCACGCACGCCUGAUGGUCGGGAAAUCGUCUUCUACAAAGUCAUCGACUACAUCCUCCAUGGCAAGGAGGACAUCAAAGUCAUCCCCACACCCCCAGCUGAUCACUGGGCCCUGGCCAGCGGCCUCCCCACCUAUGUGGCAGAAAGUGGCUUUAUUUGUAACAUCAUGAAUGCCUCUGCAGACGAAAUGUUCGAAUUUCAGGAGGGACCACUGGACGAGUCUGGCUGGACCAUCAAGAAUGUACUGUCCAUGCCUAUCGUCAACAAGAAGGAAGAGAUUGUGGGGGUUGCAACAUUUUACAACAGAAAGGAUGGAAAGCCCUUUGAUGAACACGACGAAGUUCUCAUGGAGUCCCUAACGCAGUUCCUAGGCUGGUCGGUGAUGAACACAGACACCUACGACAAGAUGAACAAGCUGGAGAACCGCAAGGACAUCGCCCAGGACAUGGUUCUCUACCAUGUGAAGUGUGACAAGGAUGAGAUCCAGUCCAUCUUGCCCACCAGAGCUCGCCUGGGGAGGGAGCCCGCUGACUGUGAUGAAGACGAGCUUAGAAUCCUCCUGAAAGAAGAGCUGCCAGGCCCCAAUAAGUUUGACAUCUAUGAGUUUCACUUCUCUGACCUGGAGUGCACCGAGUUGGAGCUGGUCAAAUGUGGCAUCCAGAUGUACUAUGAGCUGGGCGUGGUCCGCAAGUUCCAGAUCCCCCAGGAGGUCCUGGUGCGGUUCCUCUUCUCCAUCAGCAAAGGGUACCGGAGAAUCACCUACCACAACUGGCGCCAUGGCUUCAAUGUGGCCCAGACGAUGUUCACACUGCUCAUGACGGGCAAGCUGAAGAGCUACUACACAGACCUGGAGGCCUUUGCCAUGGUGACGGCCGGCCUGUGCCACGACAUCGACCACCGUGGCACCAACAACCUGUACCAGAUGAAAUCCCAGAACCCCUUGGCCAAGCUCCAUGGCUCCUCAAUCCUAGAGCGGCACCACCUGGAGUUUGGGAAAUUCCUGCUCUCGGAGGAGACUCUGAACAUCUACCAGAACCUGAACCGGCGGCAGCAUGAGCAUGUGAUCCACCUCAUGGACAUCGCCAUCAUUGCCACAGACCUAGCUCUCUACUUCAAGAAGAGGGCGAUGUUUCAGAAGAUCGUGGAUGAGUCCAAGAACUACGAGGACAAGAAGAGCUGGGUGGAGUACCUAUCCCUGGAGACAACUCGGAAGGAAAUUGUCAUGGCCAUGAUGAUGACGGCCUGUGAUCUGUCUGCCAUCACCAAGCCCUGGGAAGUCCAAAGCAAGGUCGCUCUUCUGGUGGCCGCUGAGUUCUGGGAACAAGGUGACUUGGAAAGGACAGUCUUGGAUCAGCAGCCAAUUCCCAUGAUGGACAGGAACAAGGCAGCCGAGCUCCCCAAGCUGCAAGUGGGCUUCAUUGACUUCGUGUGCACGUUCGUGUACAAGGAGUUUUCCCGAUUCCACGAAGAGAUCUUGCCCAUGUUCGAACGGCUACAGAACAACAGGAAGGAAUGGAAGACACUGGCUGACGAGUACGAGGCCAAAGUGAAGGCCCUGGAGGAGAAGAAAAAGGAGGACGAGAGAGGGCCCAUCAAGAAAGUGGGCACAGAAAUCUGCAAUGGUGGCCCAGCACCCAAGUCUUCAACCUGCUGCAUCCUGUGA